GCUCUGGAGCAUUGUAGAUUGACACGUUUGUCGCCCCGUAAGAAGAAAAGGAGGGAGCCGCUCUUUGAUUGGCCGAUUGCUUUACCGCUCGGAAUUCUGACGUCGUUCCCGGAAGCUCGUUGCGUUGAGACGCCGGGUAGCGGCGCGUCCGCCGGGCAGGGUCGUGCGUUGGUUUUUUGCCACAGGUUGUGUUGGGUGUCAGGGGUGCUGGCCUCAGCGAUUGCCUCCGUGUGAAGACGAGAUCCCCAGUGACACUGGCGCCGAGUUUAAAGUGCUCAGCGGGCGCCAGCAGGGGCCCCGAACACCCACAGUGUGUAGACCUGAGCGAAAAAGUCAUUUCCUAGCGAAACUCACGAAGUUACAAUACACACACACACACACACACACACAGAGAGAGAGAGAGAGAGAGAGAGAGAUAGUUUAAAAGAGAAGCAGGGUUGCGCUUUAGAUUUUUCCAGAGGAGUUGGCACAUAACGCUCCCCUUCCGAUCCGUUUUUUCAUCAGCCCGGAGUCCUUUAUGAUGUCAUUACACACUCGGAAUUCUUUCUCAUCUUCGUCUUUUCCUUCCCUCCCACACCCCCGUUCCUUAAGACUCCUCCCCACCCUUUCCCCCCUUAAAGUGUGGAGGCAUGCACUCGCUAUAGGUGCACAUGGGAGACCUCUCAGGGGUCCCUUCUCUCCUUCCACCAGAGACCCGGGAUCAAACUGAGGUCACCAGUGAUCAAUAAACUCAACUGGAUCAACUCCUUAAGGAAAGGACAAUAGGCUGCAAUUUCUUGGCUGGAGAAAUGUCUUCCCAGUCAGAAAAAGACAAAGAGAGACUGAUGCAAGCUGCCAAAGUAUUCUUCUUCCACAUCCAAGAUCUGGCAUCCUUCAUAAAUAAGUUUGUUGAGCUGUUUAACCUCACAAUGAAGACUCAGAUCCUUCCGAUGGAUCUGAAAGAAGACAGCUGCAUUAAAGAUUUCUUUGAACAAAUGAUCAAGAAUUUUAAAGAGAUGCAGGUGAUGGCUGAUGCAAAGCACAAACAAAUGCAAAAGGAGCCUUUGUGCUCCAAGGUGGUGACCACUCUGACCUCUGCCGUGGAGAAGUGUGCCACCAUGGGUCCACAGAACACAGCUAAAGACAUGCUCAAAAAUAUCCAGAACCCAGCUGUUGCCUCUGUGAUGAACAGUAGUCACAUCCUUGGGAGUCUGGAAAGUUCUCUUUCACUUCUGAUGCAGUUCCCCAUCAUGGGUCUUCGGUUAAGUGACUUCCAUAGAGAAGAGACCAAAGAGCAGCCAGGUGCCACCACAUCCGAGAAAAGCGUGAGUCCAGAACGUCCCAAAAUCACUCCAGAGGAUGCCUUGAAGAAGCUGCAAGAUGCCCUAAGAACUGAGAAUGCUAACAAGCCGGUAGAAGUAGCUGCAGAUGAGUUGGAACAGUUUGUCAAGGCUAUGGAGCCAACCUUACAGGUUCUUCAGAAAGCCAUAAAGGCCAUGGAAGGGGAUAUCUCCGCAUUUAAGGAAGCUGGGGCCAAGUAGAGGUGCGAUGGAAGAUGUGUUCCUUCCUAUCUGAAAUCAACUGGAAUUUUCCAAUAUUUUGUGGUACUUUGUGCAUUCCAUUAAUGCUUAUGUGAGGUAUGUUAGAACUUAAAUGCAGGGAGUCAUCACUCGACAAACCACUUACCUGUAGCUCUGCCUUGUUACAAUAAAAAGGGACAACCAAAGAAAGCCUGCUUGAAUACAGUGACUAAGUAGAACGUCCUGCUGUAAGGACCAAGGCAGUAUUACACUUGGGAUUAGUCUAAAUCUGUUGUUGCUCUUAACCCAUAAUUAAAGCAACUGAUCUUUCCUUUUCACAAGUCUGUCUCCAGUUACAAUACUCCAGGUAAGUGUUGGCAUUAUCAUAUGAUAAUCUAUUCAUUUCCAUACUGUAAUCUGUUCAUUAUCAUAUAAUAAUUAGGAGAUAUGACUGUUCACUCCUAGGAAAUAUACAACCCAUGCUUUGUCAUUCAUACUGAUAUAGAAUAUUGAAGUCUGGUGAUCACCUUGCUGGGAUUUUCAGGUUUCUGAAUCCCAGAAAAAAAUCUGGACAGAGAAAUCUGUACUAUAGCAAAAACAGACAUUCAUUAAGAAAGGGUAUGCUUUCUGGAGAGGAAGGAGGCUAGAGCUGGGACGGACAUUAACUGCUCAGUAGUGUUGUGCUGGGAAGGUUGUGACCCUUGAUGCUUAGUACUAGUCAAUUGCAUAGUUCAAGCUUCCUCACAUGGCUUUUUUUUUACAUAUGCAUUGGUGUUUGGUCUGCAUGUUGCAUGUCUGUGUAAGGGAGUGGGAUUUACUGUAUCUUGAGUUGUGAACUUCCAUGUGGUUGCUGGGAUUGAACCUGGGUCCUCUUGAAGUGGCCCCAAUUUUACACACAUUUUUGUAUGGGCUUUUCUGCCAAUGCUGUCCUAUCUAUAACAUGUCUACAUGAGUCAAAGUCUUCCCUCAGGCCAAAUGUUUGGUUCAGGUUUUCCUUGGACCUCUCUCAGCCCUCUCCGGCCUCAGUACAAUUUCUAUAAUGUGUAGUGUCUUAAUUAGCACUAAAUAUUCCUUAUAUGAUUUACUUAAGACUAAGUAAAAUAACAAGUGGCAGUAAUGUAAUUUUCUUGUCUACAUGAAUAGGACCAGAGUACAUAGUUUGUUCUCACCUAUUUCCUUUAAGGUCCUAAGAUAAGGGGAUACUAGUAGUUAAAAAAAAAAAAGGUAGUUUUGUCAGGGUAGACAGAGAAGGACACACAGCUCCAUUCACUCACUCAUAGCAGACCAAAGGGUUCCUCUAGUAUUUUAGGGGACAUCAUGUUGGAUGAAACUAGUAUUUGUGGCUUCAAUGCAGAAAACAAUUUUAGGACUAGCCAGUAUAACAGAGUGGGGCUUGAUAAAGAUCGAUGGUUAAGACAAAAAGGUUCCCAGAAGGAAAGCCACACCCCAGAGCAUGGAUGCAAGAUUCUCCAAGAAGAGUCCAAGUUUAUUAAAAGAGCAUUUUCAAUACAAACUUAAACGUGGUGGGGUGAGGGGAGACAAGCGUGGGUGUGAAAGUGGCUCUUCAGCCUGAGGGCUGAAAGGAAGCAGACACAGAGUCCCGCCUGAGACGGAAGCUUUGUAACUGACAGCUGCCGGAGGAGGGAAAUCAGUUUCUCCAGUGGGCUGAUGCUGGGUACAUCAACCACACCCCAGGGCAGGCCCUAAGCCCAGGGGGGUUGACCAACACAGAACAAACUGUGUUCUUUUGGGUGCUUUUUGUUUUGUUUUUACUUUUGUCUUAUUGGUGUUUUGUUUGUUUGUUUUGAUUUUCCUGCCUUUGAUAAUUUUGAGAGAGGGAGAGAGAGAACACAUGAAAUUAGGUGGGUAGGAUCUGGGAAGGGUUUGGGGGAGUAGAAAAACAUGAUCGAAAUAUUUGAAAAUGUUUAAAUAAAGAAGCACAUUAUAA